AUGUUCUCCACUCGUUUCCUCGUCUCCAGCGCUCUCUUUGCCGUCAUUUUCAUCUGCAAGUGCAAGGGAGUACCCGUUGCAAAGCCCGAAGACGGUGCCCUGGUUACGGUAAGCGAGGCGACCACUCAACUCAUUCAAAUCUCAUCGAAUUCCACUGAAAUCGAUACCCUCACCGAAACUGAUUCCACCGGCGUUCGAGUGAAAAGAAGCGGUUGCGGUGUUGCUGUUGCUGCAAACCGUGCUGCUGUUGCUGCAAGCCAUGCUGCUGCUGUUGCAAGUGCUGUAAGUGUUGCCAAUGCUGUACCUGCUGCCGAUGCUGCAAAUGCUGCUGUUGCCGGCCAUGUUGCUGUGGAUGCUGUGGAUGCGGAUGUUGCGGAUGUGGAGGACGCAAGAGAAGCCGAUAACAACUUGUAUCCACUAAAAGGCGUCAUAUCUCUUCAAAACCUUCGUAUCGCUCACUUGAACAAGAUCGAGAACGAGAACAAGCCACAACCCGAGAUCGGUGCCAUUGAUUUCGAGACCUCAUCUGAAGAGAUCACCACCCCAGCGCUCGAGGUCUCACCCGCUCUGCGCUCCCAAACCACCCACCCCCUUAUCGCCAAGCUCAAGAAAUUCAGCCCCGGCCACUUCUUCUCCGACCUCCACAAUCAGUUCAAGAGCGCCGUCCGACAACUUGUCCUU